AUGGCGGUCGCGGCAGCUGAGCUGAGUGUGCACGUGAGGGGUAUCGCGGAGAAGCUUCGGAAGCGAGCCGACGAUGCAUCCAAGAAGGGAGGUGCGGAAGCAUCUGCGGGCCUCUUAUUAUCCGUGGAGCAUUUGCUUCAAUCGGCAGACUUGAUGGAGCGGCAGCACAAGGAACUGCUGGCGACAUCGGCGGCGGAACCAGCCUCGACCACACUGCGUAAUCUCCAACUCGUGGGUGCGAUGCUUGAAAAGAAGAGCGAGGAGAUGAGGAGCAAGCAAGCUGUGGGGCCUGCAAAUUCGUUGGCGCAGUCGGCGAGUCAUGUUCGCACGGGGCUCCAGCGCUUGGAAGCAGUGCACACGUGGCUGUCGUCCACGUUAGGCGACGCAUAUUCACCCGACAUGGACUGGACAGAUGCCCUUUCUCAAGUGUCCUCGAAUGAUCGAACAAGCCACGGCGACGAAAGUGCAUUGAAGGCGGCCGAAGCGAACGUUGCAUCGUUGGAAGCCGAGUUGGCUCAAUGGAAACACCACCACGAGGCCACCCAAGCCCAGCAAAUGCAACUUCUAGAGCAACUGGAACGAGCGGAAUCGGACUUGUCCGCAGCUCUGAAAAGCCAGCGUGAUAUUGCAGCAACGAAUGAAGUCAUUCGAGUGGACUUGGCGUCGGAACGAGAACGCAACGAGCGGCUCGAGGCUCACGUGGCCGCGUUGAAGAGUGAAAAUGCUAAGGCCGAGCAAGAGAUGCAGGACGAGUGGGAGCGAGUUGUCAAGCAAAACCAAGUGCUGACGGCCACAGUGAAGGAGUUCAAAGCGAACGUAGCCGGGCGGGAGGAAUGUGUGGAUGCUUUGCAGAAAGAAGGCCAAGAAGUUCGCAACCAAUUACGUGAAAUGGAGCUUGAGCUAGAGGCUAAAACUGUCCAAGUGGAGCAACUUGCAGUACAACUGGACGCUGUGCGAGAGAAAUUGACAACAGCUGAGCAAACGAUUGCAACGUUCCGCGACAAAGGAGCCACGAUCACAGCGUCGGAGGAGGAGGCUGCUGCAUCCACGAUCCAUCGACUGGAGGGCGAAUUGGCGGCUGCCACCAGUCGGCAUCAAGCGGCAUUGGAUUCCCACCAGGAAGAAUGGACGGCUGCAGAGGCACAGCGUCUAGCCACCAUCCAUUCCCUCCAAGACGAGCUCGAGACUGUCCGUGGCCUCUUGUCAACUACCACUGAUGCCAAUACCGAUGUGGUUGAGCGCUUGAACGGGGAAGUGGAAGAUUUGCGACAGCAACUUGCAACUGCAAGUUCCGAUUUGAACGGAUCCAAGGCGGCGCAGCAGAUCGAGUUGUUGGAGCGCGAACUUGAGGUGCUUCAAGACCAAGUGCGUGCGUUGGAAGCCACCAGUGAUGGUGCGAAGAACGUCAUCGAGACAUUGGAAGUGCAACUGUCGUCUGUACGAGACCAAUGGACGGCUGCCCAACUGGCCGUCGAGACCUUGACAAGUCAACUGGUGGCAGCCAAAGCGCUUGCGGAGACCAGACAAGACACGAUCGACGCCCUCGAGGACGAACUGGUGGUCGUCCGGCGGCAGGCGACGGAGGCGGUGGAGACGGCUAGGUCGUGGGAGGACGAGCUGGUGGCUGUGCGCGACGGCAUCUCGAGGCUGGAGGCGCAGCUGGCGAUGCCCCCGCCCGACAUUAUCGACGAGCUCGCCGAUCGGGGCAGCACGGGGGGAGGUGUCGAGAGUGUGAGCAGUGUGGGGGACAAACUGACCCAACUCGCCACAGCCAUCCGUUUGCUGCACGAAGAAAAGGGUUUGUUUCAGUCGGAAAUUGAACGAUUACAAGCGACUGUAGCCGACGAGCAGGCCACCGUGCACUUGCAUCACGAACAAGUGCGCGCACUCGAGGUGCACGUGGACAAAACGCAUCAAAUGCACCAGGAAAUGCGCACCACCCACGAAGAAGCGAGCAUGGCCAUGCAAGAACACGCAGCAAAGCUCAAGGACGAACUCGGUGGGUUGCGCACCGAAAACGCGCGAUGGGCCGACCGCACGCAAGCGCUGGAACUUGAAGUUCUCCAACUCACCCAGGCCGUGGCGGACUUGUCGAACGCAGUGCCGAAUGAACUCGCCACUGAAACUGAAACCAACUUGGUGGAGUUGACCAACCAAAUCCACUCAUUGGAGUUGUUCAAGCAAGAGUUGCUGGAGAAGUUGGCGACAGCAACGGCCACGGCCACGGCGCUUGAAACCGAGGUCGAACAGGCCAAGCAGAACGUGGCAGAGUUGCUCAAGAACGUCGUCGAGCUGACAGGGGAAAAGGCGCAAGUGGUGGAGCAACUCAACGCCCACAAGCUGGCAAUGGAAGCGUUUGACGCGGAAAAGUUUGAGCUCCACGCGCAGCAUAAAGGGAUGGAAGACCAAUUUGUCAAGUCGGUCACGGACCUCGAGAAUCAAGUGGCCGCCAAGGACGCCGAGUUGCUGGCAUUGCAAGAACAGUCUGAAACGUUGCUAGCACAGGAACAGUCAAAGGCGGCGGCCUUGCAGACUGCAGAAGUUGAAGUGGCCAAAGAGGCACUGAUCUCAGCCGAAGGAAUGCUUCGAGAGCUACAAGCAACGCAUUCAUCCAUGGUGAACGACUUCCAGCAACGCCAAGCUCAAUUGGAGCAACUGCACAGUCAAGAAAUCGCGACAUAUUCCAACCAGUCGGACGAGCUAGCGUCGCACGUAAGACAACUGGAGACUCAAUUGGCCGGUCUAAAAGAGGCUGAUGAGUCGCAGACAGCCCAGUGGGAGUCGCAAGUGGCAUGGCUGGAGCAACAACUGGCGGCCGUUCGCGAUGAACUCGCUCAAGCGCAACAGGUCAAGGCCGAGUUGCUGGGCAAGCAAAACGAAUUGGAGGUGCAAACCGCCGAGAAAAUCCAAUCGUUCGUCGACAAGAUCAACGACUUGGUCGCGGAAAAGGCAACGUUGCAGGCAAGUGCAAGUGCCAGCGACCAACAAUGGCAACGCCAGAUCGACGCGCUCGAACUUCAAGUGCACACGCUCACGGAUGAAACCCAACGGCUUGCGGACGACCACCGCCGUCACGUGGUGCAGUUGCAGCACGAAACCAAGGACAAAGCAGUGUGUGUGACAGAGGACAAGGCGUGUGCGACAGAGUGCGAGUUGGACGACGCCAAGGCCAAAACGGAAGACCUGACAAACCGAAUCAAACACCUGGAAGACGAAAUCGAGCGACAUUUGAAGGUGCAAGAGGGGCAUGCCGACGCCUUGGUCGAUUUGACUGCCAGGUUGAACGCAGCCCAUGACGUGGCAGUUCGAGAGCUCGAGGCCGAGUGGACCAAUCAGCAUGCUGCAAAGAUCCAGCGGUUGAUGGAAAAAGUCAACGCGUUGACGGAGGACAAGCACCACCUUCAGACCGAGCACGAAGUGCUGACGGGUCAGUUGGCAGCGUUGGGAUCUGACAAGGCCCGAUUGACCCAAGACAUAACUCAGCUCCGCACGGCACUUGACGAACAAAGUGCCCAAGUGCAGACGUUGGCUGGUCAAGUGGAAGAUGUACGGGCUGACAAGGCAGAGGCACUUGCUGACGUAGCCACGUGGCAGGGGAAGGUGGACGCUUUGCAAGAGACCCACAAUGCCGAAGUUGCCAAGUGGAAGCAAACGAUCGAAGCUCUGGAAGCUAGGGAGGCCGCGCAUGCUUCGUCGGGUAACGAGCAACAAGCUACGAUUGGCCAGGAACGAGACCAGGCAUUGGUUCGAUUGAACCAAGUGCAAAGUGCAUUUGAAGAGUACAAGGCACGCGCGGCGGCAGCGUUAAAAAAGGCUGAGAAGCGCACGGCGUUGCUGAAUCCUAUGCUGGCGGAGAAGCAGCUACUGGAAAGUCAAGUAGCAACGCUGCAAGACGCUGCUCACCACGCCCAAGAAAAGCUGGAAAACCAACUGCUGGCCAAGGAAGAAACUAUCUCCCGUUUGACAGCGGCCAUCGAGGACGCUGCCGCCAAAGUCCAAGAGAAGAGUGCGUACCAAGAGGAGCUACAAGCCAAGCAGACGCUCGAGUGGCAGGCUCAUUUGACGCACAUCCAAGCGAUGGAAGCGUCGAUGGUGGAGAAGGAGGGACUUCUAGCUGCAUCAGCUUCCAAACUGGACCAGUUCCAGCUCGAACUGACUGCACUCCAUGAAACAGUUGAGCUCAAGGCGAAGCUUGUGGCCAAGGUCCAGCUCGAACUAGAAUCGGUGGAAGCUGCAAAGGAGCUCCUUCAGACACAACUGGACGACGCGCACAAGAGACUGGAGAGCCUCCUUGGUAAACCAUCGCAACUCGAGCAACUUGGUCGGACGUUGGAAGCCACGACGGCGGAAUUGGAAGCUCAACGACACACAAGUGCCGAGUUGGAGCAAACACUUGGUCACUUGACCAACGAGAUGAAAACGACGGCGGAAGCUAGCGCCAACCAACUGGCGGCUGUCAAGGCGGAGCUGGCGGAGUUGGCAGCCUCAAAACGCGAACUGGAAGCAAAGGUCGUCUCGGACAAGUCGUCCGAUGCCAGCAACGUUGACGCUCAAGUUGCUGCGCUUCAAAGCCGAAUUGGGCAGUUGGAAGCGGACAAGGCGGCGCUGGACGAGUCGUGGCGGGUCAAGAUGGCGGACGGAGAGCGCCUCCAGCACGAUUUAGUGGUGCAAAUCACGGCAGAAAAAGCUGCCCUGGCUGCGUCGCUCGAAGCGGCAAACACUGAACUAAAGCGAUCGGACACUGGAGCCGACCAAGUGCGGGAGUUGCAACGCCUUGUACAGCAAAAGGACGCGGCAGUUGCCGAGCUAUCGAGGCGCCUCGAAGUGGAACAGGCCAACGAAAAGAUGGCGUUCGAAGCCACGAAACUGCUCAAGUCCCAACUGGAUGAAAAGGACAGCUACGUGCAGUUGGUCAAGCAGAACGCCGAGUUGCAACUCCGUCAAGCGGGCUUGGAUGCCGACCGCAAACUUGCCGAGCAACGCCGCGCCCAGCUGCUCGAACACGAAGCAGCCAUUGCGGCCAUGAAAGCAUCUCUACUCCCCCCAAACUCUGAAUCCAAUGUGACUAGUGCCAUUCAUGACGAGAACUGCACCACCACCAAUAAUCUACGAGUCCGUGAAGUGGACUUUCAAGCGAAAGUGGAUGCGUUGACCGAGGACAACGAGUCGCUUCGUCGCCAACUGUCCACGGCAGUAGCUAACAACUACCCCGAGCAACUUCAAAAACUACAGCAAGACAACGCCGACCUGGUGCAGUCCAUGCACAGUCUGCGGGAAACCCUCAACGAAAAGCUGCAGCAACUGGCGACUUUGAAAGCGCCGGCGCACACGAAAAUGCUCGACGAGUUGGAGCGCACAAUCGACCACGAGAAGCGCGCGCUGUUUGAGCGGAAAGAACGUCACGGCCAUCACAUGUCCAAACUCCGACGCGAUGCCGACGCGUGGCUCGACGAGGCGCAGCGCAAGCUGGACCAACACGCGGCGCUCCACGAGAUGCUGCCAAAGGAGGACGUCGUGAUGAUGAUGGAGGCGCAGGACGUGGUCGUGAAUCCGCUCGAGGUAACUCUGGUGCUCAAGUCUGGCGUGAGCAUCAAAGCCGGCAGCUCGUUUGAACUGCCCGUGGUGGUUUCCGCCGGCCAGACGAUCCAGUGGAGCUUCCGCAUCGAAGAGCUCGAGACAGACGUGAAUUUCGCGCUCACGUUCAACGGAGAUGUGGAUGUGGUCCCAGUUGACCGUGUCGAGAGACUCGAAGGCACGUACCAAGCCAAGGCGGACGGCGUGCUCCAGUUUGCUUGGGAUAAUGCGUUUUCGUGGCUAAACCCGAAGACACUGGACUACCACGUGUCGGUGUUUGAGCCGCUCACGGAAGCCGCGCUGCAGACGCGGUACGUCUAGCUUGUAUUACGAUAUGGAAGUAGAACAAGAGACCUUAGAUGAAACUCGGGACUCUUUGGUGUAGAAAAGCCCAAGAAAUUGUCAAGGGUCAACAUAAAAUGUGGAGUGACAAGUUGGAUGUGAUGCACAAAGAAGAAGCGUUGCUGGCAUCGUUUGAACACGUGAUGCAAACCAAGUUGCCUGGGGCGAUUGAAUUGUACUUGGAGGAGUGCAUGGCCCAUCGUGAGAUGGUGGUAUGCCCCAAGCUGAGCCAAGUGCAGGACAAAAUGCACGCAUUGAAAGCCCUCAUUGGACUGUACGUCCAGGAACAGCAAGAGCUGACGGAAGCCACGGCGUCGCUUACGAUGUUGCUGGAAGAAAUCCACCAGGAGCAGCGGGAUUUACACAAUACGUGCCACUUGCACAAGUUGCGCGACGAAACCACAGAGUCGGUUCAAGCCAAGCUCCGUGCCCUGGAAGCCAAACUCGAAAUUUAACGUUACAGUAGUACUACGGGCCUACGAUAAUCUAUGUACCUCGAUUUUUACCGUG